GCCCCUUAUCCUAAACAACCUGAACUAGCAACUCGACCUGGAUCUUCAACCUUCCCCCCACCUAUGCCACAUCGCUCCAUACCCAACCACUAAGAACUAUCGUGGCAUUAAGCUGUCCUUUUAAUUGCUGUAACUUACUGUGUUUUCCUACUAAACCAGAAGAUUAGGCAAAGUUAAGGCAUCAUGGACAGUUUCAUGCUUCGAGAUGAAGCGGCCAAGGAGCGUAUUCGCUUGGCCGAGGAGUUCCUCGAUCCUCAUGACCAGCAUGCGAGGAGUUACAGAUCCGAUAUCAUUCUAAUGCUUCAGAAGAACCAGAGGCGGUUAGUCGUCAAUUUAGACCACGUUCGUGACCACAACGCAGAACUCGCAGACGGCUUAUUAUUCGAUCCCUUUGACUAUACUCUCGCCUUCAACCAUGCGCUCAAGGAGAUCGUAAAAACUAUCCCUCAAGCAAGACCCGAUCAGACCGACCCGGAUGUCUUAUACUACUGCGCUUGGGCAGGCAGCUUUGGUCUAAAUUCUUGCAAUCCGAGAACGCUAUCGUCAAACCACCUUAAUCAUAUGGUAUCGAUCGAAGGCAUCGUCACAAGAUGCUCGCUCAUCAGACCAAAGGUUGUGAAGAGCGUGCAUUACAAUGAGAAGAAAAAUAUUUUCCACUUCCGCGAAUAUCGCGACCAAACUAUGACCAAUGGUGUGACUACAUCAAGUGUCUAUCCCCAAGAAGAUGAGGAGGGUAACCCACUCCUAACAGAGUACGGGUUCUGCACAUAUAGGGAUCACCAGACGAUUUCCAUACAAGAAAUGCCCGAGAGAGCUCCCGCCGGCCAACUCCCCCGUGGUGUGGACGUCAUUUUAGAUGAUGACCUAGUUGACAAGGCGAAACCCGGUGACAGAGUCCAACUUGUUGGUAUUUUCCGGACACUUGGAAACCGAAACACAAAUCACAAUAGUGCACUCUUUAAGACCAUAAUCUUAGCAAACAACAUUGUCCUUCUCUCAUCCAAAGCAAGCGGCGGUGUAGCAACAGCAACAAUUACCGACACCGAUAUCCGUAAUAUCAACAAGGUUGCCAAGAAGAAGAAUCUCUUUGAACUUCUAUCGCAGUCAUUAGCGCCUAGUAUAUUCGGCCACGACUAUAUCAAGAAGGCGAUCUUACUCAUGUUACUAGGUGGCAUGGAGAAGAACUUAGAGAACGGUACACAUCUCAGAGGUGACAUCAAUAUUCUCAUGGUCGGUGACCCUUCAACAGCCAAGUCGCAACUUUUGCGCUUCGUGCUCAAUACUGCGCCGUUAGCCAUCGCAACAACUGGUCGCGGUUCAUCGGGCGUCGGUCUAACGGCGGCUGUCACAACUGACAAGGAAACUGGUGAAAGGAGACUAGAAGCCGGCGCUAUGGUUAUGGCAGACAGAGGUGUUGUCUGUAUUGAUGAGUUUGACAAGAUGUCCGAUAUCGAUCGAGUUGCUAUCCACGAAGUUAUGGAACAACAAACAGUCACCAUUGCCAAGGCCGGCAUCCAUACGUCGCUCAAUGCUCGAUGUAGUGUCAUUGCAGCCGCCAAUCCUAUCUUCGGUCAAUACGACACUCACAAGGAUCCACACAAGAACAUCGCCCUCCCGGAUUCCCUCCUAUCGCGUUUCGAUCUCCUGUUCGUCGUUACGGAUGAUAUCGAAGACACCCGAGAUCGCCAAGUUUCCGAGCACGUCUUACGUAUGCAUCGCUAUCGGCAGCCUGGUACUGAUGAGGGUGCUCCUGUUCGCGAAAACGCCCAGCAAUCCCUUAGUGUUGCGCUACAGAGUCAAGACGCCACUCAAAAGCCUACCGAAGUAUACGAGAAAUUCGACGCGAUGCUGCACGCUGGUGUUACUCUUACUACUGGUCGCGGCGCCAAUAAGAAGCGAGAGGUUCUCAGCAUUCCGUUCAUGAAGAAGUAUAUCCAGUACGCAAAAACGAGAGUCAAGCCUGUACUAACCCAGGACGCUUCGGAGCGUAUUGCGGAAAUAUAUGUCGGGCUACGCAACGACGAGAUGGAGGGCAAUCAAAGGAGGACAUCUCCUCUGACCGUCCGUACAUUAGAGACGCUGAUCCGUUUGGCAACCGCGCACGCCAAGUCACGACUCUCAAACCGAGUAGACGAAAGAGACGCGUUGGCAGCUGAGGCUAUCCUCCGUUUUGCCCUAUUCAAGGAGGUGGUUGAGGACGAGUCAAAACGAAAACGCAGGCGUACUCAACGACCUGAGUCAGGCUCAUCAGACGAGGACAGCGAUGAUGAUGACGGUGAUCGUGGUGAUAGCAGCUACAGGGGAUCGACGGCUCGCGGUAGGGCUGCUCCAUCAACCCGCACGACUGGUCGCAGCCAACCAUCUACCAACGGCGGCCGUCGUCCUAACGGCGCGAAUACCAGCAAGACUCCAGGUACUCCCGCACGAGGAAAUGACGACGACGAUGAGGAUGAAGAUCUUUAUAACGCUACGCCACGGCGUUCUAACAGAACCGGCCCCGCAUCCUCAUCAAACGCACCCGUAACAUCCCAAGUCUCAUUCGCCUCCUCUGUACCAGCGUCGCAACUCGAGACGCAGGAAGAAGACACGCAAGAAGAUGCGGAACUGGCCGCCGGUGCAGCCGAGCUCAAUAUCGAAGUGCCGAUCACCCCCGAGAGGCUAGCGACAUUCCGGACGGCGCUUGGACAGCUUCUCAGCACGGACCUGUUCGAAGACGACUCGGCCAACGUAGCUCAGGUCAUCGAAGCUGUCAACAAACGCAUUGAAGGGAAAGAAGCCACUUUCUCGAGAGAGGAGGCUGUCAAGGCGCUUAAGAAGAUGGAUGAUGCGAACCAGAUCAUGUACACGGAUGGCGAUUUAGUAUACAAGAUCUAAGGCACGAUGAAUACGACGCAAGAGACAUCGUUACCACCCGGAAUUGGUUGAUUUAUGGGGUUUGAUGAGUUAUGAAGGCCGAUGAGUUUGGUGGUCACCAUGAUGUAUCACGAUCUUAGCAUCCCCACUGUUGCGGCCUGGCCGGCAUAUGAAGCCUGCUAUGGU